UAAACCCCAUAUCAAAGACUUUAAUAAGAACUUUUGCAAUGACUUUGGUCGGAGACGGAUUAAAUAGCCCCCGCAAGCAGGGCGGCAAUGAUGACUCUGUGGAAGUUCCGUCGCCCUUUCCGGAUAAGUAUGUUCUUCGGAAUACACGCAUCCUGAAGGUGUCACGUGCCCAAAUAACCGAAGUACCUAUGGAGGUCUUUGAACUGGCCCGCCAGGAGCAAGUAAAUAUUGUCCGUCUGGACGGUAACCAUUUGAUGGAGCUGCCCAGAAAUCUCACAAUGUUGAGCGAACUACUAUACGAACUGGACGUGGCCAAAAACGAAAUAUCUUAUGUGCCCACUUAUAUCUCGCAGUUUUCGAUACUAUCCAUCCUGGACCUAUCGUGCAAUCUGCUGUGUGAGUUGCCGAUGGAACUAGCCGGUCUCCAGCUUUUGAAUCAUCUUGAUAUAUCCUACAAUCGCUUCAAACAACUUCCACGCUGCAUCUAUGAGCUGGAGUGCCUAGAGACCCUCUUGGCCCAGGACAAUAAGAUCAAGGAAAUCGACGCCUCGGACUUGGGUCUGGGCGGCAUGAAGCAGCUCAUUAAAUUAAAUUUAAUGAACAAUGAUCUGCAAACGGUGCCCCCUACUCUGGGUAAUCUGAGAAAUCUUCAAGAGCUGGAGCUGUGGGGCAAUCCUUUCCGACAACCACGUCACCAGAUCCUUUCAAUGGGAACAGCGGCGGUACUGCGAUACUUGCGUACUCGUAUUCCAUCAAAUUAAAUCCGAAUAUAUGUAUAUGUGUUAGUAAAAUUAGUAAAUAUAUAGUCAAAUUGUUAUGUAAA